GACAGAGUUAUAAACGGAGACCGUUUAUAAGUACCGUGGAUUGUUUCACAUACGCGGUUGUUUGACGAGGGUACAAGGUUGGCCAGUGUUUAAUUAUUAUUGUGUAUGUUUCAGUUGCUUCUCAUGUCUGUUUGUAGUGUUAUGGUGUGAGUUUGAUGCACAUGUGGAAAUUUCUAGUUCAUUUGCAUCGAAUAUUCUUAUGAGUGAGUCAUUUGCACGGUCGACCCUUUGGUAUUGGAAACAAGUAGUUUACAGUUACUAAAGUGGGUUAAUAUGAAGAAUACAUUACCAUUAGAACCAUUAGAACACAGAGGUUUAAGAAAGUCCAUUGUGCUGAGACGACAUACGAUGAUAACAAUACAGCACAUGGGAAAAGUCAAAAUAAAGCCAUGUUUCAGUUUACAGAGGCAACUGGCCAGUGUGCAUCGCACAGGAGGUGCAGUACGGUGGAUGAGCAGAAACAGACCCGCUCCUCUGUUAACGGCUGCUCCUGUUCGUGCCAUCAUAGAUGAACCGAUCAGCAUUAAAGGGCAAUUCCUGCCCCCAUACUCUCCAGUUACAUUUUGUGCACGAUUGCAUUGUGAUGAUGGUGACCUGUGGGAGGCAUUUGCCCAUUAUAAUACUAAAGCUGAUGGCACUGUCAACUUGACCAGGGAUCAUUCAGUCGGGGGUUCAUAUUUAGGCUGUGAGCCAAUGGGACUCUUCUGGGGACUGCAGCCAGCUCCUGGAGGAAGAGAGGGUUUGAGACUGAGGAAAAAAAAUGUUCAAACUCCAUAUGUCAUGCACAUUUCCCUCUGGGAUGGGCAUGUUUCUUCUUGUGAGAGGCAGAGCACUGAGCUGGCUGCUGUAACUGCUGAGCGCUGGUACAUGGCACCAGGCGUAAAGAGGAUAGAGAUUCGCCAAAAUGGAAUUGUAGGGACGUUAUUCUUACCUCCUGGUCCUGGUCCAUUUCCAGCCAUGUUGGAUCUGUGGGGGAUGGGUGGAGGACUGCCAGAGUAUCGCUCAGCCCUGUUUGCAUCCAGAGGUUACGCCAGCUUAUCACUCGCCUACAUCGGGCACAAAGACUUACCUGGCCCACAUAACUCCCUUAAUGUUGGUGAUUUAUAUUUCAAGUCAGCAUUCCAGCUGCUUCAAGGUCUUCCUCAGGUCUGUGCUGACAGAGUUGGGGUCAUCGGUCUUUCUUUUGGAGUCUACCUGGCUCUUCGAAUUGCCACUCAGUGCAGUGUCAAACCAUCGUGUUUGAUUUGCAUCAAUGGGCCAGUAGGAAGCACCGUGAAGCUGCGAAACAAAGACGGCAUGACUGAACCCAAUGACAUUGAUCCAAAAUAUUGGACUUGUGAUCAUCGAGGUUAUGUCGGUUUCAGAGAAGUCUCUUUACCUGCUAAUCUUCACCCAGAGAGCAAAGUCAAGGUGGAAAACAUCAACUGCCCGUUAAUGUACAUAGUGGGAGAAGAUGAUCUUAGUGCUUCAAGCAAGGAGAAUGCAUACCUGAUUGAGGAAGGCCUGAGGGCUGCAGGUAAAUCUCACCUCUUCACUCAACUGUCGUAUCACGGUGCUGGGCACUUGAUUGAACCGCCAUACACACCCAAUUCAAGAGCGUCCCUAUGGAGCGUCAAACCAAAGAAAUUAAUAACUCUAUGGGGAGGUCAUCUCGCACCUCAUGCCGUCGCCCAGGAAGAUGCCUGGAAGAAGAUCCUAGAUUUUGUGGAAAACAAUCUAAGACGGUGAAUCUGUGGCAGUGGGGAGUGUGUUUUAAAUGCUGUUUUUAUCUCCGCAAGAGUUUUACAUGCUUAGAACUGAGGGAGAACAGGGAGAAACGGUCAAUGUACCACAGGGGGGAGCUGGUGGGUCAAAAACAGCUCUUUACAUUAUUUUAAAUACAGCUGCUACACUCAUUUUUAACAAUAAGUGUCAAAACAAUUACUCUUUGGCAGUAGAUUGGACUGAUUACAUAUGUAAGAUCAAAUUGCUGCCAUUGUUGUUUGCCAAUAUGCUGCCUUAGGUCAGAAUGGGAUUGUUUGUUCAAAAAUGCACAUGUUUUUAAUUAGUAUUUGUUGCCACAUUUAACCUGAUACAGCAAACAUUUAAUAAUAAUACCAAAAAAAAAGAUAUAACAACAAUCCAUCAAAACAUUCUCAGAUGUCCCAAUAACUGCGUUUGUUCUUUUUAAUGAGUUACUGGUGCAUAGGGUAAACAACUUCAUUUCUAAUGAGUUGGGAUGAAGAGUUCGUGGCAUGCCGAGGUAACCAUGGAGAUGAGGGUGAUGAACUCUUUGAAGUCAAUCUCCAGGUCUCCGUUCUGAUCGAGGUCAGCAAAGAGCUCAUCCAGAGUGUCAUUCUCUUGGAUUUUCUGUGAUGGGGGGGGGGAAAAAUAAUCUAAUAAAUGUGAAUAAAACAAGACUGAACGUCUUCAGUAAGGCCUUCACGGAAAAGAUGAAUGAAAGUUUUAUUUGCUACAUGUCACUCUUGUAUGAUAUGUAUGAUAUUUUAUGUACAUAUAUAUAUAUAAAUUAUAAAUUCUAUGUUUGACAAUUUUGAUAUGUACAUCAGACCAAUGCAAAUUAAAGUAUAAAGUUACAAA